UAGAGAGUACCAAGAAAGAGUUGCUGAACUCAGAGAUUAAAAGCAAGCUGUGGAAUUAGAAGUUCUUUCUUCAGUGAAAUGCUGCUGCUGGAACUGGUAUUUUUUGCAGUUCUCUUCCCAGUUGGUGACACUCAGGAUGCCUUCCAAGAACCAAUCUCUUUCCAUAUCACUCAAAUCACAUCUUUUGUCAACAGUUCUUGGGUGAAAUAUCAACUCUCAGGCUGGUUGGGAGAUUUGCAGAUUCAUGGCAUGGACAGUGAUUCAGGCACUGCCAUAUUCCUGAAGCCCUGGUCUAAGGGCAACUUCAGCAAUGAAGAAAUGUCUGAAGUGGUGGAGCUAUUUCGGGUCUAUAUCGUUGCAUUCAUUCGAGAAACAAAAGCCCACGUGAAUGCCUUGCAGAUGGAAUACCCUUUUGAGAUCCAGGGCAUUGCAGGCUGUGAGCUGCAUUCUGGAGGUGCCAUUGUAAGCUUUUUGCAAGGAGCCUUUGGAGGACUGGACUUUGUGAGUUUCAAGAAUUCUUCUUGUGUUCCUGCCCCAGAAGGUGGCAGCAGGGCACAGACAGUGUGCAAACUACUUGCUCCAUAUCAUGAUAUCUUCUACACUGUGGAGAAGCUGCUGUAUGAAACCUGUCCUCAAUAUCUCUUGGGUGUCCUUCAAGCAGGAAAGGCAGAUCUACACAGGCAAGUAAAACCCAAGGCAUGGCUGUCCAGUGGUUCCACUCAUGAGCCUGGCCAUCUGCAGCUGGUGUGUCAUGUCUCUGGAUUCUACCCAAAGCCUGUGUGGGUGAUGUGGAUGCGGGGUGAGCAGGAGCUGCCUGAAACUCAGAGAGGGGACAUCCUGCCCAAUGCUGAUGACACAUGGUAUCUCCGAGUGACCCUGGAUGUGGUGACUGAGGAAGCCACUGGUCUGUCUUGCCGAGUGAAACACAGCAGUCUAGGAGGACAGGACAUUGUCCUCUAUUGGGGCGAUGUGAAGGCAUCUUCUGAGACCUCAUGAUGUCAUGUUUAGUGAUUGGAUUUCACAAUGAGAAGCCCAGAAAGUUAGUUGUUAACACAGCAAUCAAUCUUGUUAUAUUUCAUAAAAUAACUACUACUUUUAAUUAACAGUUUUCCUGUAGAUUUUAAGAUAAACUACAAUAUAUAUCAGUAUAAAAUGAAGAACUUAUUUUGAAAUGGUAUCAAGAGUUCCACCCAAAUGUCAUAAUUUAUCAGAUAUAUUCCCUGCAGUCCUUAAAUGACAAGGUGUUUAUCUUUUUUAUUUUGUUGAUUUUUAUUUAUUUUCAAGUGGCAAAUUGAAAUUACAGUACCAUAUGUUAUUUAUCUUGUUGAGAAUGCAUGUAGGUGGACUCAGUAGGUGAAUAUUUUCUUUAGGGCUAUGGAUUUGUGUUCUUUUAUUUUUUGCCAUGAUCUCGUCAAGUAUUGAUGUUAAGGAAAUUUUGCCUAAUAAAAUAUGUUGAAAAAUG